ACGAAUAGUAUUGAGUCACAAGACUGGACGCGAAGACAAUGCAGGCACUCUUUCAAAAUAGCGUAACGCUCGCUACGCAACGUCAUCGAGAGGUGGCGGGAGAACCCGAACGCGCGAUUUUAAACUACACGCUUUCUUCCCUGUCUGCUCUCGUUCUCGCACACCUUCUGCUGCUGCUUCUCGAGCAAGAACGUGGUUGUCAUUGGCUACAUUCGUCGGACGAAUGGUCGGAUGCCCAACUCGCUUCAAGGUUAGCGAUCGAAUAUCUGAUUCGUUGUCUCAGCUGGUGAAUACGUAUCGAGAAAAAUGAUUUCUUCUCCUGUCUCUGCACCUGGAAUCCGACGGAUUUGAGGACUUUUUCGAGAGGAUUUUCUCAUCAGUCUUUUGCGCUUUGAAGAAGAGGUGGAAAGAUGGACGUCGGAGAAGUGAUGAAUAGAACGAGAGCGGAGAAUGCUGUCGACACAAUUGAAUCUCACUUUGCCAAAGCGAUCGCCAACCUGCAGUUUGUGGAGCGCGCUCUGGCCUCGGAAUUGGAUGCCACUUAUCCUAAACAUAUAAAUCCUUAUAAUAUUGUGAACCGCAUCAAGCAGCUGGAAGCGGAGCUUCCAGUACUCUCUAAGGAGUGCCAGCAACUUUUUGCCGCAAAGCAGGAUCUGAUAGAUACAGCCAAAAAGAACCUCGUGCAGAACAGAGCCUUGGUACGGCGCAUGCAAGCGAGGGCAGGUCUCUCAGUGCCAAGCGACUCCGAAGACGCUGUCUACACUUCUUUCAAAGAGAUUCUUAAGGAGUGGAAUCGAAGUGUCCAAUCAAGAGAUCCGUCUGCAACGAAUGGUCACAUAAUGGCGAAGCAUGACUUGAAUGCUACAGUCUUUCAGUCUAAAGCAAGAGCAGUUGACUCAUGAAAGCAGUUUGUAGCCGUCAGUGAAAGAAGGAAUGAGCUAUCAUCUGCAACUGUGCUGUCUGAUUCUGCACACAGCAUCUACAAUCGAUACACACGUUCACUUCAGGCAUGUUUUGUGUUCUGGUAUCAACGAACAUCUUGUGCCUAUGCUAGGCAAUGUUGCUAUUUCAAGGGAGCACUGAGACACGUUGUAGGUGCUUAACACCUUCACUUGUCCAUCAAGGCCUUACAAAGGUCGUAUGUAUAUUUAAUGAGCGAGGCCAAGUCACCAACAUAUAUCCACUUUGCACGCUGUACUCUUACUAGGAACGCCGAAGUCAACGCAACCAAUGUUGCGGUAGUAGAUCUUUGACAGAGUACGGGGCCUUGAGAUUUUCGCGAUCUCUUUAUCUUGUACUCAUCUACUCCGUUGACUUGGCUUUUCAUUCUUGUAAAAUGUUCAUUUCCGAUGAUUUCUUUCAUACAGGCAUUUCCUGAUCGAG